ACCUGUGCUGGCCAAUCACAGCGCAGUGGGCGGAGUUUGUAGGAAUGUAGCCGGUAAAACAACAACAGUGAGGCUUGUGAAAAGCUGGGAAGAAACCUCGUGACAGAAAGGAAAACGAAACCCAAUCAGAACCGCAGAGUUCACUUUCCUGAGAAAGAGGAUUCGGGUCUGAUUCAGGAUACAGGAUUUGUUCCAGUGCUCGCGAGAAACGCUGGAUGGAGAUCAAAUUUGAGAAAAGUAUCACUGAAGAAUCUCAAAUGAAGAACUGAACCAAGGAGAACCUGGAGUUUCAUUAUUAGCAUUGAAGGUCCAUCAAAUGGAGCCCAACACCAGAGAACAGCUGCAGGAGCAACUGCAGGACUACAUCCUGGAGACCCUCGAAGACAUCAGAACUGUGAGGGACUUCUGUGACAAGGAACCGAAAUGGACCCUCCAGAGGGAGACGGAGCUAGAGUCGAUGAGAGACAUCAAAGACCGGGCCGAUCAAAUCUCUCUGCAGUUUGACCACGUGAAGAAGGCUGAGAACAAGGCCAAGGCUUUUGGGGAGUACAUCUGGAGUGGGUUGACUCAGGUGACCGCCGACUCCAAGAGGACCGAGCUGGAGAAUGAGCUGAAGGCCGUUCUGAAAAACACUCUGCUGGGGCUGGACGGUCUUCACCACUUCCUGGAUGCAAUAGAAAGGCUUGCCGUGACCUCGCUGUUCGUUUUCAUGGGCGAAAGCUUACUGCCGAAGGGAGUGAGCUCUGCAGCUGUACGAUCUGUGAUCUCCACUGCCAGAAUCGUGUCUCCACUCCUCAUCCACUUCAAGAGAGAUGCAGAAGCUUUCUUCACGCCCAGCUUGUACAACAUGGACGUCCUGGCCUACCAACUGGACAAAUACAUCCGUAUCACCCAGCAGCUCUGCGAGAGAAUGGAGAAAAAGUCCAUGACUGUAUCAUGUUAUGGAGGUAUUUUUGAGUGGAAGAAUGGCGUCUCUUCUCUGAAGUUCAGUUUGAGCAUGAGUGAGGAGUCAGUGAAGAAGCUGUAUGACCACUUGAGCCAGCUAAUCAAAUUCCGGAUGGACGAAUCCUUCAGGCUGACGUCUCUCUUCAGCUGGGAUGCUCUGCACUUCAUCGGCUUAUUCAAGCAGCGUAGCUCCAGAAUGUUCCAGUUCCUGUCUGAUCUAGAGGAGUCUGCGGUUCAGUUGGACAAAAUGAAGCUGGGGUCCAGCAUCUCCACUGUGGCGGGCAGUUCAGUGGGCAUCGCCGGAGGCGUCUUAUCCAUCGUAGGCUUGGCCCUGGCCCCUGUCACUGCAGGAGCAUCCCUGGCCCUCACACUCACCGGGGUUGGGCUGGGGGUCACCAGUGGAGUCAACAGCUUAGUCACAGGCAUCACUGAAAUGGCGGUCAACAAACAUCACGGAGGAAAUGCCAACAACAUCUUCCAGAAAUUCAUGGAGGAUGUUCAGAAGAUUCUAGACUGCAUAGAACAAGUGGCCAACAGCGAAGGUCCUAUGGUAGACCCUGAGGUGGUAACCACAGCAUUGGAGGCUGGAAAAAUGAUAGCUCGUGCUGGGAUGGUUGGCAAAGGUAUCGACGCCCUUGUGGAUGGAGUUUCUGCAUUGAAAGCUCUCAAGAAUGAGGAAGUGGCUAUGAGAGCAGUUAAUUUAGGGCUUCAGGAGGCUAAAGCAGCUCGGAACAUCCCCAACCUGGCCGCAGAUCUGCCGGACAUCGGGCAGCUGGCUAAGGGAACUCCUCUGGCUCUUUCCAAGUCAGCCAGAGCCGGGUUUAUCACUCUAAACGCUCUCUUCAUCGGCCUGGAUGUUCUGUUCAUCGCCAAAGACAGCAUUAGCCUAGCCAAAGGAAGCAAGAGCGAAGUCUCUCAGCUCAUCCGGUCCAGAUCGCUCCUCUGGCGCUCAGAGUUGGAAGCGUGGGAGAAGAUCACUGAUGGUCUCUGCAAAGGGAUAUGGAAGUUCAGGAAGUGUCAAAGGAUCCUGGAGCAACCGUUUCUCCCAUAAAGAGAUACGAUUCAACUGCAAUUGCAAUUGAUUCCACCAGAAAUUAACCUAAAUUCUACAAUGAGGAAUAAUCUAAUUCCCUAAAUCUCAUUCAGCAUCAGUAAUUAAACGAUUUAAUUUUCAGUAACAAGCACCAGUUUUCUCGCUGAUGUCCUGCUGUCUUCACUUUUUGCAAGUUUUUAUAAUAACGGUGUGUUACUACUCCUGAUUUUUUUUUCAAUAUAGAGCUAAAAAAAAAAGGACAAAAAGCAACAAAACAUCUGUAUGAUGAUGCUCAAUGAUUAAAGCUAAGGCCCAGGCUUUGCAAUAUGAAUUAUAAUAAUAAUAUUCAACACUAAUGCAAAUACAAAAGCUGAUCAGUCUUAAAGUUAAGCACAACUGCCUGAUAUUAAGUAGGUGCUGUAGAUAUAAAAGAGCCAUGGACUCCACACAAGAGUUCAGAAGGUGUCCUGUGAUAUUUGGAACCAAGACUAAUGUUAGCAGCAGUUCUGUUAAGUCCUCAUGAAGGUCUAUGUUUAUAUCAUCAGGCUAAAGUGAUUCAAUUUUUUUUUAUUGUGAGAAGUAUAUCGCAAUUUAUACAUUUAUACAAAUGCUUACGGCUUAUUUGUCCUACAUUUGAGCCAAAAAAUCUGUAUUGAUUAAUACAGAUUGUAAUGUGAACAUAGAUUAGCAGGAUACCACAGUAAAAAAAAAACCCAUAAAAAUCUAAAUUACAAAAAAAGCCUGAUGAUUAAAUAUAGGAGAUGGGAAGGCCUACAUUACAUUACAUUACGUAGCAUUUAGCGGUCGCUUUUAGCCAAAGCGACUUACAAAUAAUGGUGUACAUUAAUCAAUAGAGGACAUAGAAUUUAAGGCCAAAAAUAUUUUUGACAGGGUCUAAAGGAGGCCAAAGGGAAAGAGUGGAAUAAAGAAGAAAAAAAAGGGUAAGUAGGCCCUCAGGGUUUCAGGCUGUUAAAAAUUAAUACUGAAAUCACAGACAAUCAGUCUAUAAAUAAAAUUAUGCCAAUACAUCUUGUGUAAAACACUACUGAGCUUAAACUUGUACUAUUUUUUACUUAAAGCACUUUACUUAAAACAAGCAUCAUACAUACCUUGUCUCGUUUGAACCUUCAGACCUUUCAGUUAUGUUUAAACUAAAAAUAGCAGAUGUUUAAUGGUGCUGUUUAUCACAGUCCGGACUAACAAAGCAAAACAAAAUUAACCAAAAUGUAAAUAUUUACUACAUUUUCUGGAUGAUUCGUAUUUUGGGUCCAAUUGCAGCAAAUUAAAGCAAGCUGUCACCAUCAAUAGAAGAAGAAAAAGAACCAGUGUUGUGCUGAAAUUUGACUGCUUUUCUUGUGCAGUAUGCGCUCAACAGAUUACAUUGGUGAUUCCUGUAUCUACUAGGGUUGUGAUGAGAUCUCGUGGAUAUCAGGCUUAAACCUGUCUCACGGGGCAAAAAAACAGUUAAGUGUGGACUUUUUAAGAGGGAUCUGGCAACCCAGGAGCGAUAGCGAUAUAGUAUGGUGGCUGAGCAGUGAGAGCAGCUCUCAGCAGAAGAGGAAAAUUCAGGCAUUUGCAUAGAAGAUGCUUCUGCUACUUUUAAGUUUAAGUAAGUCUGGCUGCAUUUUGGCUCCAGUGGAAACAAUAAACGGUAACAGAGUGACCAACAAGACACAAACCAUAUAUAAAUACGGUAAGUAAAUCCUACACGUGACUGUUUCAUAGGCAGUUGUACUAAUCCCUUAGCUCUGUACUGUAUUUAAAAAAAAGGUUCUGUCUCUGUUUGCACUUCAAGCACAGUCUUAAUAUGAUUGGUUGUGGUUAUGAAUAGUUAAAUUACAAGUGAUUUAGGAGAAAAAAAACACAAACCAUAGUCUUAAUAUGACUGGUUGUGGUUUGCACUUAUUGUUUGCACCAUAUAAGCCCUAGAAAAGUUUUAUUUUUAUGUUUUAUUCUUAUUUCUAUUUCUUAUUGAAUCAAUGUGUGAGAGAAACCAGUCUGUUAAAUUUGCAUUAUAUGAUUUCGUCAAAUAAAACUCAAGCCAUUUUUCAUUUUUGACGUUUUGUUUAAAAUUUGAUUUUUAAAUCUCGUCUCGUCUUAUUCUCUUGAACCCAGUAUCGUGUCUCGUCUCGUCUCGUGGUAUUAGUGUAUCAUCACUCCCCUAGUAUCUACUGUAACUGUAGAUUAAUCCUUCUUUAUAAACAGAAAUAAAAAUAUUAACAAGGGAAACCUGUUAUGAUUAUUCUGCUGUGAGAUGCACCUGUAUUUGAAGGUAAUCGGAUUGUGGCAGGAAGGUAGAAUUUGAUAAAACCCCUAGAUAUGCAAUCUGCAGAAUUGACAUCAUGCCAUCAUCUGACAUAAACUCUUCUACAAACCAGUCAAUCUCAAGUAUAGGAAGAUGCAGACCACAUGGGUGAUGAUGAUAGUGACAGAAUGUAUCAAACCUAUUUGAAGCGUUUGCUAAACCGCAGUGUGAAACCAAAACUAACAGAACUAACAGACUUUCAUGUGUGAAAACAGCCUAAGAGUGGGACGUCAUUUCUCACACUACUCAAACACUUCAAAACUCUGCAGGAAGGAACACACACCUAACACCCCAACACAACUGUGAGGGUGAGCUAUUUUAGACUUCCCUUCCACAUCCGACACAGCAUCUUCUAAUGAAGUAAAUCCAUCACAAAUAGUCCCCAAUAGCGAAAUUAAAUCCUGUUUUCACUAUUUAUUUAUUUGUUUACAUGUUUUUUUUUUGUAUUUGUAUUCCUGUAAUGAUUUUCUUUUCUCAUAGAUAAGACUGAUGUUUAAGUAUUAGCAUUAGCCUUUUAUGUCAGAGGUAUAAAGUCUCUAAAGUUAUCCAAGUGCCUGAUGUUUCUCUGUGAAUGUGUUCUUUCUUUAGUCUAUUUUUUUCUGUAUCUCAUGUACGCCUGAGGAAGUCGACUCGUGGUGAGAUCUGAAGAACUGAUAGAUGUGACAUUGCAUUCUUGCAAAACGUUGGUUGUAAAGGCAGAACUUCAGUUCCUCAUGUUAUGGUGGCUGUUUGAAUUGAGGGACACCACUGGACCAAAUCAUGAUUAUUUCUGUUUCAAAUGAUUCUGCAAUAAAUCCUCUUGCACUCCAA